CUGUUGUGUGUUAGUGACGGAUCGCUCUUCCAGAAACGAUCUUCGGUCACGCCCAGCCUCAGCACCAGCCAUCCUUUCUCCGCGGGACACUUCUCCCUACGCAGCCUUUUCGGAAACCAUGAGAGGAACAAGGCCCUCGUGGUGAGGACAACUCGGCUGGACCUCGUCCUUCACCCCCCCGGCUUUGCUCCUCGCGGUUCGGUAUGUCUGUGAGCCUGCUGCCCCUCUCGCCAUGCCCGAUGCCGAACACCACCCGCCGCUGCUGCAGCUGCUUCUGCCGUCGCUGCUGUUGAUUUUGUGCCUGGAUGGGGCGGUGAUAGGAGCGGAGGAGGGCGGCGGCCUGCCCCCCUCCUGGCCUGGAGACAAUGGCCUCGCCGCCGUGCUCGCAGAGCCGACCGCUUCGGCUGGGCUUUCAGUUCCAUCGGGUCUUGUAACAGAGUCACAGUUUGCAUUAAAGGUCCUGGUGAGAGACCUGAUCUCUCGUCAGCCACUUUCAGGUGCUUUGGUGGAUGUUUAUGUGAACCACACACUGCAGAGCUCUGCCCGAGCAGGGCAGAAAGGUGAGGUUCUGCUUUGGGUAGGCUACAGUCCAGGCCUCAGUCUGACACUGUUGGGAAACAUGGAAGGCUACGUUCCCAGGCCCCUGCCCUGGGGCACCACCAAGAGACCAAUCUUCUCUGCUGUGACGUUGCUGUUGCUCCCUCACAGUCAGGGGAACAUCUGGCUAUAUGAAGACUCAGUUCUCAUCACUGGAAAGUUACUGGACAGCUCCUCCAAGCCUAAGGUCAUGUUUCCCAAGAACCUUCUCAUGAUCACUGACAAGAGCAACAUCUCCUCAUUAACUGCGUACCUAACUGUGCCACAGCACCAGCUUGCUAAAGACUGUGUCAACUGCACACCGGGCAUGAUCAGUAGCAAAUCAGUAUUUAGAGAUAUGGAGCUGAAGCCUGUGGCAGCCAUUAGUGUCCUGCUGUGCUCUGGUACUGAGGAGCUCCAGGUUAGAGGGCCCAUUCAAAUCAUCCUGCCCCUGGGACACAACACCCACCUUGGGGCUUCUGACACUGUGCCUGCAUGGGCAUUAAAUCUGAAAACCGGUGCCUGGGAGAAUCAGGGUCUAGGAAUAGUCAAAGCAGUUGGUGAUGAGCUGGUCUGGACCUACACAGCCUCUCAUCUGGGCUACUGGAUUGCUGCCUCCUUACCCUCCUCAAAUGAUUAUCUGGGCAACGGAAGCUAUUUGGAUUUCCUGCCAUACCACACGUACCUGCUGAUGGGAAUAUUGGGAGCAACACUGGCUAUAGUGUUCGGACUACUUUCGUUGCUGUUGUGUCACUGCUGCAGAGGACAUAACCCAGAGCCUAGUAGGAGAAGAGCUCGUUUCUCCAAGCUCACAGUGGUGAAAAAAGACCAAACCACCUCCACCCACAUGGAGGAGGGUUUGUUGUUCCGUUCAGGCGACAACAGCCUUGCAUCCUGCAGUGUCCAGUGUGAAGCCUUAUCCACACCCAGGCACAAAGCCAACUAUAACAUUUAUGUGGAAGAUCCAGGGAGUCACCUAGCAGCGCCUCUUUAUGAGAACAUCAAAGGGUCCCAGCAGUCCCCGCACUACAUCUAUAAUGAAGAGGUAGCAAGGCUAAGGGAAAAGUCAGACCAAAACCGGGCCAACAUGAACUCUGACAACUUCUUUCAAGAUAAGCUGAUUCACAUUUAUAACCAACCGCUGGCAAUUAUUCAGGCUCCAGAGCUUUUUGGUGCUCAAGAACAGCAACUGUCAGGCUGCAAGUCUGCUACUUUCCCACGCAAUGGAGUUGAGUAUGAUAUUCACUCAGAGCCUGCAAGUAAAGACAGCUACACCCAAACGCUACCCAAAGUCCCCCAUCUCCACUCUCACGGUGAAAGCAGUCCACAGCAGAUCAGCCAGGAUGAGCCCCGUCCCCUAGAAACUCCUCCUCAAGGUCAAAGCCCUAGUGUGUGGGGACGCUACAAUAACCUGCUUGAAUCCUCCGUCUCUGUGCCUGGGACUCUUAACGAGGCAGCCGGUAUGGAGGCCUUCGGCAGUGGACACGGUGUGCCCAGUGAGUUACAGGGGAUCUCGGAGCGCACAUUGCUGGAGCUGACUAGGGGCAAGUCGUCUCACCCCAGAGCUUGGUUUGUAUCCUUGGACGGAAAGCCGGCCGCUCAGGUGCGACACUCCAUCAUUGAGCUUCAAAGUCGCCACCGCCCUCCAAGCAGCAAUGACACCAGCUUAGACUCAGGGGUAGACAUGAACGAGCCUCAGCAGAACAUCCGGGAAGCAGAUCGGGAUAGGCCCUCAAUCAGGGUCUCCUCGCUGUCCCAUUAUAACCGACCAGGCCGCUGCGGUGAAGAGCAGGAUCUCAGCAGUAGUGAGAGUGGCACCACUGCAACCUGUACGCCGGAGGACCCGUCUCUGAGGAACAUUUUAGAUGGGAGCAGUGUGGCUAUUCCCAAUAUUCCGGAGGAGCGAGAUGUUAUGGAUACAUCCAGUGCUCAAGAGGACAGCGAGUCGAGGGGGACGCCACCUCCACGAAGACUGAGAAAGGUGAGGGAGAAAGUGAAAGCAGAGAAGAGGAGUGCCAAGCACGUCCGUGAGGGGAGAGCUCUGACGAAGUGAAGUUAGAUUGACGAACAAAUGCAUUUGUUUAAAUGUCCCAUUGCUAUUUUAAUCCAUACGUGUAUAUUCCAGCCACUCUUCUAGCUCACAGGCAUGGUUUUUGAGUUAUGUGAUUGUACAACUUUGCCAAAGAAUGCGAACACUAGCUCAAGAAGUAAAAUAAGAUCUACAUCAUGAUGAAGCCUUAUGUAGCUGCUGUUAGAAAGGUUUUGUGCACCAUGUCCUUUCACUCACCUCAAUUCUAAAAAUCACCAGCGAGAUUCUUCACAGCAAAAUGUCCACGCGAUCACAUUCCUCCAUAGUCCCCAGUACUGGCAUUAAUGAGGGUGCCUUCUUACUGCCUGUAACGUUCUAAUGUGAUUACCUGGGGCACAGUGUUCCUCUAUAUUUAAUAAAAUAUGGUAAGUUUGCAGGAUGGACACAAAUACAGGUCUAUAUAUUUACAGUAGUGCACUUACCCUCACCAUAAAUGCCUGCAGUAAAUUAUAAAGAAGAUUUAAAAACAAAUAAUGUGAGUAAUGGGUGAAUAGAAAACUUCCCACCUGUGACUGACACAGAAACCUGAUGGAUCUGUGUACAUCACAAACCCAAGCUUUCAUUUUGGAUCCGAUACAGUUUUAAGCCUACAAUUAUUUUAAAAUGCAUGAUGAUGAAUGUGAACUUGUUUAUAUAAAAACUGUUUGCAUUUUGUUGUAGCGCUAACUUUACACUUUACAGGUUUAAUUUAGUAGCUAGUGUUUGUAUUGUACUGCCUAUAGCUACUUCAAAGAAGUAGGAAUAGCCAAAUAAAAACAAUUGUACAUGCACAUCCAAGACACUAAUUAGAUGUUAGUAUUCCAAUAUGAUCACGUUGUUUUAUGGGAUUAAUUAUUGCCAUGUGGUUGCUUGCCUAAAAAAAGGCCCAGCUUUGGUUAUAACGUGUACUGCGGCAAAGCUCAGAGGCAAAAAGUAGGAUACAUAAAGUUAAUGUUAGCAUUCACUAAUUUGUAAUCUGAUGUCAAAAGAAACCAAAAUAUUGUGUUGAGCCACACCAAUUCUCUCUACUUGAUGACAGCUGGUGCCUUUAUGGAUUUAUUUUCCCCCAGUGUCUUCAGAAUAUAAAAACAAUAUAUGGUUUCUAAUCAUCAUGAGUUGAGGCAAAAAACACUAAAUAAAGGUUGAAAAAGUGAUGUUUUAUCAAUGUUAGUGCCGUAACACCCUUGAAAUAUACUGUAAAUUAAAUAUUUCAUUCCUAGAUAAUGUAUGACAACACUUCCUUUUUUUCUUUGUGUCGACGUUUGUGGUUUUAAGCAGAAUUUGACAUCUUUAUGCAUUGGCAUACAUUUUGGUACACACAUUCAUGUGGGUGAUUUUUGCUAACUUUGGUGAUCCUUUAGAAAUUUAUCUAUUGCAAUCAUGAGUUGUCCAGUAUUCGUUUGAGAGAAAUACUUACAAACCAAAUGACACUUGUUAGUUUUGGAUGUACUUGUGUUUAGUUAUGUACUUGUGUACUAUGUGUUUAGUGCAAGACAAAAGCUUAAGUUCUAACAAAUAUUUAUGCUGAAAAGUACUAGAUUUUGUUAAAACACAUAUUUGUCUUCAUAUCCUUCUGUUCCUAGUAACUGCUAAUGUUGCUUUGAGUCAACUAAAGCACACCACACUUUAUGUGCCACUUUGUUUAGCUGGCACAAAUCAUUUACAGACAAUACAAUGCUAUUUUUCCCCAUCGCUGAUGUUUUUUGGCAAACAAUCACCAUCACUACAUUAAAUGAUGGUAUUAGCAAUAUUUACAAGAACUUAAUUUUGAAAAAGUCUUCCAUCAUGGUACUGUUGUAAAACAUUUCACUGAUAAGUUUGAAUUUGUAGCUACCUUGAUAUAAGAAUAUUUUUUAUGUAUAUACUGUAGUAAAGCAACAUUUAAUGUAUGUGUCUGUAAUUUCAUUUAAAUUGUGUUGUUUUUCUUCUAGAAGUAAAUCUCUGAGCGUUACACUGCAUUUCACUUUAUGACUGAAUGUUUUGUCAUAUAACACAUGUGACCAAAGUCAGUCAUUUUUGGGCUAGUCUAGAGAGUGACACUUCCCAUGGGAUUGUAAAAACAUUACAGCUUUGUAUUUUAAAUGUAGCAGCAAGCACUUCAUCAAGCCGUAUGCUUACAGUACAAGUCCAAUUGAUUUCUUCUGAAAGAUAUCAGCGUGAACAUUCUGCUGGCCCUACUGCCAUUUCUGUUAGUUUUUUUGCCGAAUGUAUUUGUACUGAUUUCAAUGUGUUAUAUGGCGUGCUCCUCCUGUGUCUAGCCAGUAAACCCAAUAGGCUUUGUUUUCUUUUAAUGGGCAGUCUAUUCCCUUUACCUUUCUAUGUUUACCUCUCUAUUAUGGUAGUAAUAUUAGUCUUAGCUUUUUUGUGCGUUCAAAUAAACUUACUUGAUACAAA